AUGAACAUGGGAAACCAAACUGUCAUCUCUGAAUUCCUUCUCCUGGGCCUGCCCAUUGAACCAGAUCAGCGAGACUUGUUCUAUGCCCUCUUCCUCGCCAUGUAUCUUACCACCUUCCUGGGAAACCUGCUCAUCAUCAUCCUCAUCUACUUGGACUCCCACCUCCACACGCCCAUGUAUAUGUUUCUCAGCAACCUGUCUUUCUCUGACCUCUGUUUUUCCUCUGUGACUAUUCCCAAAUUGUUGCAGGACAUGCAGAGUCAAGUCCCUUCCAUCCCCUAUGCUGGCUGCCUGACCCAGAUGUACUUCUUCCUGUUUUUUGCAGAUGUGGAGAGCUUUCUCCUUGUGGUCAUGGCCUAUGACCGCUAUGUGGCUAUCUGCUUCCCUCUGCACUACACCACCAUCAUGAGCCCAAAGCUCUGCCUCUCCCUGGUGGUGCUGUCCUGGGUGCUGACCACUUUCAUUUCUUUGUUGCAUACUCUGCUCAUGGCUCGGUUAUCUUUCUGUGCUGAUAAUGUGGUUCCCCAUUUUUUCUGUGACAUGUCAGCUCUGCUGAGGUUGGCCUGCUCUGACAUUCAGAUAAAUGAAAUGGUGAUAUUUAUCUUGGGAGGACUUGUCAUUGUUGUUCCAUUUCUAUUAAUCUUUUCAUCCUAUGUACGAAUUGUCUCCUCCAUCCUCAAGGUUCCUUCAGCCAGAGGCAUCCGCAAGGCCUUCUCCACCUGUGGCUCCCACCUCUCUGUUGUGUCUCUCUUCUAUGGGACAAUCUUUGGUCUCUAUUUGUGCCCUUCAUCUAGCAACUCUACUGUCAAGGAGACUGUCAUGGCUGUUAUGUACACUGUGGUGACUCCCAUGCUGAACCCCUUUAUUUAUAGCCUGAGGAAUCAGGACAUAAAAGGAGCUUUGAGAAGAGUUUUUUCAAAGCAGACUGUUCAGUUUUCUCUGGGACAGUGA